AUGAGUAAGGACCUGGAACUACUGGACUAUGAAGGCUAUUUUUCAGGUCACACGGAUGAUAGUGAUAUUGAUGCUAUCACAGAUAUUCAAAAUAUUUUGGAUACUGUAGAGGAAAUGAAGCUCAAGAUAAAGCUGAUGAUAAUACGCGUAGAUAACAUAAUUCUGGAUAAAUGGCAUACAUAUGAAGUGUCUAACUAUGAAUAUGACCCUACAAUAAAAGAUUUACUUAGUUUCCUAUCCCAACUUUCAAAGACAAUUGAAAAUAUCCCAUUUCAAGAAGAAGAACGCCGUUCAAAAUUGGACAAUCAUGGUGUCAUUUUGAUAAAGUGGCCAGGUUCAAUUGCACAACUGUGGGAGGAGUAUGAUAAGGUUCCAAGACAAUGGCAUUAUCGACACUUACUUAAUUUUUUGGUUGAUUUGGAAAAGUUAAUAGCAGGUGGCAGGCUAGAUUCAGGUGAUUUGAAAAUAAUUUUGAAUAGAAACGUAUCUAUAAGAGACCUCGAAGCACGAUAUGGAGCUUCAUGGAGACAGACCGAUAAGAAUUUAUCCAGACAAAUUAAUAGACGGAAAAAGGUAUGGCAGUCCAUUGAGCAAGGAUUGAGGGACGGAUUAAAAUUAGAAGAAUGUAUUGGCAUACUUGAAAAAUAUAUUGAGGAAAGUAAUCAGAGUUUAAGUAAUUUUUACAAAGGCGUCCCAUUCCGGCUAUAUGAUAGGAGGUAUAUAAUUUGA